UGAGCUUGUCGAGGGGGCGCUCGAGACUGUAGAGAAGGCCGUUCCGUUCCGUUCCGAGCGAAACCAGCGGAGAGGAGGGUGAGGGGAAGGGAAAAAAAGCGAUCUGGCUCGGUCGGUCUUUGUUUCUACCUUGAAGGAUAUCGAAGGGACACACCAGAGAGACUACACCGAUAAAAUUCCCUGCCUACUGACCAGCGGCUGACUCCAGACCCUGAGACAUGUCCACCCCGGACCCCCCUAUGGGAGGAACCCCUCGUCCGGGGCCCUCCCCAGGCCCCUCUCCCGGGGCCAUGAUGGGCCCCAGCCCCGGCCCCUCACCUGGCUCCGGCCACACCAUGAUGGGCCCCAGCCCCGGCCCGGGCCCAUCGCCUGGCUCCACGCACACCAUGAUGGGCCCCAGCCCUGGCCCCCCUGGCCCUGGGCAGGCUCACCCCCCCCAGGGGCCCGGGGGGUACCCCCAGGAGAACAUGCACCAGAUGCACAAACCUAUGGAGGGCAUGCAUAAGGAGGCGGUGCCUGAUGACCCUCGCUACGCCCAGAUGAAGGGUAUGAGACCAGGGGGGCACAGCGGCAUGGGACCCCCUCCCAGCCCCCUGGACCAGCACUCCCAGGGAUACCCUUCCCCUCUGGGGGGCUCGGACCACGCCCCAAGCCCUGUCCCGGCCAACGGCCCACCCCCCGGCCCCAUGAUGCCGUCCGGCCCGAUGGAGGGCAGUGGGGAUCCCCAGGCACUAGGGGCCCCUGGCCGCGGGGGGGCCCCAGGCCCCGGUGCUGGGGGUCCUGCUCCCUUCAACCAGAACCAGCUGCACCAGCUCCGGGCUCAGAUCAUGGCCUACAAGAUGCUGGCGCGGGGCCAGCCCCUCCCAGACCACUUGCAGAUGGCUGUGCAGGGGAAGAGGCCCAUGCCUGGCAUGCAGCAGCCGCCCCUACCCAACAUGGCUGCCGGACCGGGGGCGGGGCCAGGGGCGGGGCCCGGGCCUGCUCAGGCCAACUAUAACAGACCACACGGUAUGGGAGGACCGACCAUGCCCCCCCCUGGCCCCUCCGGACCCCCCAGCAUGCAGGGCCCCCCCACCAACGGCCCCCCCAAACCUUGGCCUGAAGGCCCCAUGGUGAACGCCGCUGCUCCAUCCAGCGCCCCCCAGAAGCUGCCCCCCCCCCAGCCCACCGGCCGCCCCUCCCCCGCCCCCCCCUCCGUGCCCCCGGCCGCCUCCCCCGUCAUGCCCCCCCAGACCCAGUCCCCCGGCCAGCCUGCCCAGCCCCCCCCCAUGGUGCUGCACCAGAAGCAGAACAGGAUCACACCCAUCCAAAAGCCCAGAGGACUGGACCCUGUGGAGAUCCUACAGGAGAGAGAGUUCAGGCUCCAAGCUCGUAUCGCCCACCGCAUCCAGGAGUUGGAGCAGCUUCCUGGCUCUCUGGCCGGAGACCUGAGGACUAAGGCCAACAUCGAGCUGAAGGCCCUCCGCCUCCUCACCUUCCAGAGACAGCUGCGUCAGGAGGUGGUGGUGUGCAUGCGCAGGGACACAGCGCUUGAGACCGCUCUGAACGCCAAGGCCUACAAGCGCAGCAAGCGCCAGUCCCUGAGGGAGGCGCGCAUCACAGAGAAGCUGGAGAAGCAGCAGAAGAUCGAGCAGGAGAGGAAGCGCCGGCAGAAGCACCAGGAGUACCUGAACAGCAUCCUGCAGCAUGCCAAGGACUUUAAGGAGUACCACCGCUCUAUGGCUGCCAAGCUGCAGAAGGCCACCAAGGCCGUGGCCACCUACCACGCCAACACGGAGCGCGAGCAGAAGAAGGAGAACGAACGCAUUGAGAAGGAGAGGAUGAGGAGGCUGAUGGCAGAGGACGAGGAGGGCUACAGGAAGCUGAUCGACCAGAAGAAAGACAAGCGUCUGGCCUACCUGCUGCAGCAGACCGAUGAGUACGUGGCCAACCUCACGGAGCUGGUCCGCGCCCACAAGGCCGUGCAGGCGCUGAAGGACAAGAAGAAGAAAAAGAAGAAGAAGAAGCCAGAGAACACAGAGGGGGGGUCUGGACUGGGUCCUGAUGGAGAGCCCCUGGAUGAGAGCAGCCAGAUGAGUGACCUGCCGGUGAAGGUGAUCCACAUGGACAGUGGCAAGAUCCUGACGGGGCUGGAGGCCCCCAGGGCCGGGCAGCUGGAGGCCUGGCUGGAGAUGAACCCUGGGUACGAGGUGGCGCCCCGCUCAGACAGUGAGGACAGCGGCUCAGAGGAGGACGAGGAGGAGGAGGAGGAGCCACAGUCGUCCAAGGCCACGCCCCCAGAGGAGAAGAAGAAGAUUCCAGACCCGGACACAGAGGACGUGUCAGAGUUUGACGUUCGCCACAUCAUCGAACAUGCCAAGCAGGACGUGGAUGAUGAGUACGGCAGCGCUGCCUUCGCCCGCGGCCUGCAGUCCUACUACGCCGUGGCUCACGCCGUCACCGAGAGAGUGGACAAGCAGUCCACCCUGCUGAUCAAUGGACAGCUCAAACAGUACCAGAUCAAGGGUUUGGAGUGGCUGGUGUCUCUGUACAACAACAACCUGAACGGGAUCCUGGCUGAUGAGAUGGGUCUGGGCAAGACCAUUCAGACCAUCGCUCUCAUCACCUACCUGAUGGAGAUGAAACGCAUCAACGGACCUUUCCUCAUCAUCGUUCCACUCUCGACUCUGUCUAACUGGGUGUAUGAGUUUGAUAAGUGGGCUCCAUCGGUGGUCAAGGUGUCCUACAAGGGAUCUCCACAAGCGAGGCGUGCGUUCGUCCCCAUCCUGCGCAGCGGCAAGUUCAAUGUUCUGCUGACCACCUACGAGUACAUCAUCAAGGACAAGCAGGUCCUGGCUAAGCUGCGUUGGAAGUACAUGAUCGUGGAUGAGGGUCACCGGAUGAAGAACCACCACUGUAAGCUGACGGUGGUGCUGAACACACACUACCUGGCCCCGCGCCGCCUGCUGCUGACGGGCACCCCGCUGCAGAACAAGCUGCCCGAGCUCUGGGCGCUGCUCAACUUCCUGCUGCCCACCAUCUUCAAGAGCUGCAGCACCUUCGAGCAGUGGUUCAACGCCCCCUUCGCCAUGACUGGGGAGAAGGUGGACCUGAACGAGGAGGAGACCAUCCUGAUCAUCAGGCGUCUCCACAAGGUGCUCCGCCCCUUCCUGCUGCGCCGCCUCAAGAAGGAAGUGGAGGCUCAGCUACCUGAGAAGGUGGAGUAUGUGAUCAAGUGUGACAUGUCAGCUCUGCAGAGGGUUCUGUACAGACACAUGCAGGCCAAGGGGGUGCUGCUGACCGACGGCUCUGAGAAGGACAAGAAGGGUAAAGGUGGAACCAAGACUCUGAUGAACACCAUCAUGCAGCUGAGGAAGAUCUGCAACCAUCCUUACAUGUUCCAGCAUAUAGAGGAAUCCUUCUCUGAGCACCUGGGCUACACAGGAGGAGUAGUGAGUGGGCCGGACCUAUACCGCUCCUCAGGAAAGUUUGAGGUUCUGGACCGUAUUCUACCCAAGCUGAGGGUCACCAACCACAAGGUGCUGCUCUUCUGUCAGAUGACCACCCUCAUGACCAUCAUGGAGGACUACUUCGCCUACCGCAACUUUAAAUACCUCCGCCUGGACGGGACCACCAAGGCGGAGGACAGGGGCAUGCUGCUGAAGACGUUUAAUGACCCUGCGUCAGAGUAUUUUGUGUUCCUGCUGUCGACGCGUGCGGGAGGGCUGGGCCUCAACCUGCAGUCUGCUGACACGGUCGUCAUCUUCGACUCAGACUGGAACCCUCACCAGGACCUCCAGGCCCAGGACAGGGCCCACCGGAUUGGGCAGCAGAACGAGGUGCGCGUGCUGCGGCUUUGCACGGUCAACAGCGUGGAGGAGAAGAUCUUGGCGGCGGCCAAGUACAAGCUGAACGUGGACCAGAAGGUCAUCCAGGCGGGCAUGUUCGACCAGAAGUCGUCGAGCCACGAGCGCCGGGCCUUCCUGCAGGCCAUCCUGGAGCAUGAAGAGCAGGAUGAAGCCUGCCCCCAGGGGGGCUGGCGGGCAGGGGGGACGUGGGUGGGUGAGGAAGAUGAGGUCCCUGAUGAUGAGACAGUCAACCAGAUGAUCGCUAGGAGCGAGGAGGAGUUUGAACAGUUCAUGCGUAUGGACCUGGACCGGCGCCGUGAGGAGGCCCGGAACGUGAAGCGCCGGCCUCGCCUGAUGGAGGACGAGGAGCUGCCCACCUGGAUCAUGAAGGACGACGCGGAGGUGGAGCGGCUCACCUGCGAGGAGGAGGAGGAGAAGAUGUUUGGGCGCGGCUCCCGUCAGAGGAAGGAGGUGGACUACAGUGACUCACUCACCGAGAAACAGUGGCUCAAGGCAAUUGAGGAGGGCACCCUGGAUGAGAUCGAGGAGGAGGUACGCCACAAGAAGACCACCAGGAAGAGGAAAAGGGACCGCGACCCCGACCUCCCGGGGCCGGCCACGCCCAGCUCCAGCGGGGGGCGGGGCAGAGAUAAGGAGGAGGAAGGGAAGAAGACCAAGAAGAGGGGGCGCCCCCCUGCGGAGAAGCUGUCCCCCAACCCCCCCUCUCUCACCAAGAAGAUGAAGAAGAUGGUGGACGCCGUUAUUAAGUACAAGGACGGCAGUAAUGGCCGCCAGCUGAGCGAGGUGUUUAUCCAGCUGCCCUCCAGGAAGGAGCUACCUGAGUACUAUGAGCUCAUCAGGAAGCCUGUGGACUUCAGGAAGAUCAAGGAUCGGAUCCGCAGUCAUAAGUACCGCAGUCUGAACGACCUGGAGAAGGAUGUGAUGCUGCUCUGUCAGAACGCCCAGACCUUCAACCUGGAGGGAUCUCUGAUCUACGAGGACUCCAUCGUGCUCCAGUCAGUGUUCACCAGCGUGAGGCAGAAGGUGGAGAAGGAGGAGGACAGCGAGGGGGAGGACAGCGAGGAGGAGGAGGAGGAGCUGGAUGAAGGCUCAGAAUCUGAAUCUCGCUCGGUGAAGGUGAAGAUCAAGCUUGGCAGGAAGGAGAGGGAGAAGGAGAGGGGGCGGAGCCAGCGCCGCAGGGGGCGGGGCUCCAGGGCCAAGCCCGUCGUCAGCGACGACGAUAGUGAGGAGGAGCAGGAGGAGGAGCGUUCUGCCAGCGGCAGUGAAGAGGACUGAGCACACCAUCUCCUGGCCCCCGGACCUCCACUUGCACCCCUCCUUACCUACCCCCUUACCUACCCCCUUACCUACCCCCUCCACCCUUACCUAGUUGACUAGACAAGCUGAUUUUUAGUGAGAACAUGUAUUACCAUUUAAUAAAGUUCAGCAUUCAAAACUUGACAAAGAGAAGUGUAGAAGAGGGGAGGGUGUGAGUGGUCGUCAUGGUUUCACCCCCCCCUCCGGACCACAGAUAGUUGAUAGUUAACAUCGUUUUAAAAAUGUAAUUCUUUUGUUGUUGUUUUUUUCUUCUUUGUCAGUUAUAGUUUCUGUUUUUUUGUUGUUGAGACAGCACUGUCGUGUAAACUGUAGCUUUCAGGUUGUAUAUCUCUCUGUCUCUCUCUCCUCUCUCUCUCUCUCCUGUUUCUGUCUCUUCGUUUAAUUUAAAGAAACACAAGAUCACGGUACACUCUAACCCCUCCCCUGAGCUUUGUGUGUGUGAGGGCAGGGGGGAGGGAGGGGG